AUGCUCGGAUGGAAACAACUAACUCGGUCGUGACUUCUGCACCCAGAGACACUUCCUCAUCCUGCGACACUUCCAUGAAGCCUCCUGCGCAAGAGAGGAAACUGCUGGUGGGCGAGAUGUCCUGCAGCACCCCCUCCAUGUCAGCCAAGGAGAAAGUGCUCCAGGCCUCGGUGAACCCUCUCCCAACCGUUGCAGGAAGCUUUGAAGGUGUGUCUGGGAAGACACCAUGCCGGGUGAGCUCUGCCACGAGCAUCUGGGAAUCUUGCAACAACAUGGAGAAGGAUGUGGAGCUCAGCAAGCCAGGUGUCCUCCUCUCCAUGGAUGGGGAGAGCCCAGAGGCAGCUGGCAGAUGCUCGAGCUCUCAGGAGCCCAGAGACCCCUAUUCUGGGGUGUCAAAUAGUCUCACCUUCAGCAGUGACCCACUCAUGGUGAGCACGGAAAGCUCAAGCUCAGGAGAAGCACAGUCCAGAGUCUUCUUGGGAUGCCCAGCUCCAGUGCCUCGUGAAGACCCCGGGGGAGAUGAGGCAGGUGGAGCAAGCAGAGCUUCCCAUCCACCUCCGAGCUGGAACAGCACCUCCCUGGGCACCCAUGAGGUCUGUGUGGACCAUUACCCCAGCACUCAGCUCAGGGCAGGUAGUGACCCCCGAGAUGGAGCUGAUCCCCUUGGAAACCCUCCAGAUUUUGACUUGAGCACUGUGAGCUGCUCCUCUCAGGCCAAAGUCCCUUCAGGGGACAGCGAUGGGAUGUCCCUGCCAUACAUCAUUCCAGCUGUGGGCAUGGCUGUGAUUUCAGCUGUGGCGUUUCUGGUGUACGCUCGGUUGCACAAGUAG